CUUUCCUUCCUUUCCCCCUCCCCCCCAACCAAUCGUCCCCAUCAUCUCCCACCAUCUGUCUCCUCAGGUCGGGCUGGGCACCUCCGUCUUCAAGACGGACGCACAGAAGACCUGCAGAGACCUCAAUCACUCACUAACUCACUCGCCAACCAAACCAACAUGAGCCGAAAGGCUGCCGUUGGCUCACAGCCAGACAUCACCGUUCAUGUGCACGCAGCAGAUCCGAUUCCAUCAUCUCUCAUUGGCCUCAUCCGUUCCUUUUAUGCGAAGGAGACCAAUCGUGAUGGCCGGCCCGCCAAACGCCAGAAAACCGAUGCUGCCGGCCCCGAGUCCGUCACCAUCGUUCGGGAGCAGCUCGUGAUAGAAAGGACAAAUGCCCAUCAGCCUCUGGAUUUCACAUCCUGUCAUAUUUCCGGUGUCCAGUCUCAGCUUCGGUUCUGCUUGGCUGCCUCGGAUGCCAAGGCAAAUCCCGCGUACUCUUACAUCUUCACAGUCUCUGCGAGAUCACCAUCCAAGGGUGGCAACUUCUGCAUUGCUUUCCCACUCAAGACAAAGGAUGUGCCAGAUCGUCUCGCAGCAAUUCUCUCAGCACGCGACGUCUUGUGGUCUGACCCUGGCACCCAAGAUGCCAUCUGGCUAAAUGCAGACGUUCGUCUCGGUGCAGAUGAUGGCACCACUGUACUCACAUUUGACUUUCAAGUUCACUGGAAUGUUAGCACCUCGGUCUUUGCGACAGUAUUUUCCCCGUAUCAACGGAAAUUCAGGAGACAGGUCUUGGCUGAGGCGUUCCCGGAAUUUUUCACCCCCCCUGAGCAGGACCACCCAGACUCGUGCUCGCCUCAGAUGUUUUACGAGGCAGCACACGUCCCCAAUCAAAAUUCCACUCCACCAGAGGACUUUACCAUUGAAGGAAUGAAUGCGACACUGUAUCCUUUCCAACGUCGAGCUGUACAAUGGAUGCUUCGUCGAGAGGGUGUCCAGUGGCAAACAGACGGAAAUGUUAAGGACGUCGGCUUCGAACCCUUCGCUGCCCCAAGUGCGUUCACAGAGGUGCAAGAUGCUGAUGGCAAGGUCUGCUAUAUCAGCAAGCUCCUCGGAAAGGUCACCAAAGACCUGGCAGCAUUUGCCGGAUUGGAACAGAACUUUAGAGGGGGCAUUCUCUCCGAGGAAAUGGGUCUGGGAAAGACUGUUGAGAUCUUGGCACUUUGCCUUCUCCACCGCCAACAUGGCGAGCCUGUGGAGGCGUACGACUACUAUCUUGGAGAGAAGGUCAGGUCGACUCCCGCCACUCUCAUUGUUUGCCCAUCGUCCUUGAAGAAGCAGUGGCUCUCAGAACUCAAAACGCACGCACCUGAUCUGGACGUCAUGGCAUACAAUGGUCUUAAUCAGCAUGUGCGGGAAGAGCAAAGCAGGGAGCGUGCGCUCAUUGAAGACUUGGCUAGCCACGAUGUGGUUGUGACUACGUAUAAUGUGUUGACCUCCGAGUUGGACUACGCGCUCGGUGAACCAGACAGAGCGAGGCGGAACCCCAGGAAGUACCACCGACCCAGGUCUCCACUAACACAACUAUCUUGGUGGCGUGUCUGCCUUGACGAAGCUCAGAUGAUAGAGAGUGGUGUUUCAAAGGCGGCCACUCUGGCGCGGCUGCUUCCCCGCGUUCACGCUUGGGGCGUCACUGGAACUCCUGUGAAAGACAGUGUGGAGGACCUUCGAGGCUUGUUGUUGUUCUUGCGAUACGAGCCUUUCGCAUCGAAUGUCGCGGCCUGGACUGCGCUGGUCAAAUUCCAUCAAGACGGCUUUCGACGACUCUUCAACCAGCUAUCCCUGCGCCACUCGAAGCGGCUCGUGAGACACGAGAUAGACAUUCCUCCGCAGAAACGGUAUGUAAUUACGAUGCCUUUUACCGCAGUCGAGGAACAGCACUACCAAACUCUAUUCAGAGAAGUGGUUGAAGCCUGUGGUCUGGACCCACAGGGUGCGCCGAUCCAUGAAAACUGGGACCCAGAGGAUCCCGGUGUGCUAGAGGGAAUGAGAACCGCCUUGGAUCGGCUGCGGCAAACCGCAUUACAUCCUGAAGUUGGACAACGAAAUCGAAGAGCCCUAGGGCACAGAAGAGGCCCUAUGCGCACCGUGGCAGAAGUUCUCGAUGUCAUGAUCGAGCAGAGUGAGGUUUCCAUACGUGCCGACCAGCGGGCGCUGCUGUCAGCUAAGUUGAGGAGAGGCCAAUUGCUGGAGAACUCACCUCGUGUCAAGACCGCGCUCGAUAUUUGGAAAGGCGUCCUAGAGACCAUUGACAAUGUCGUACAAGAGGCACGGGAGAAACUCCAGUUCGAGAUUGAAGUUGCCAAAUCCUCUGGCAAAGAACGCAUCACGGCAGAAGACGACGCCAACGAUGAGGAAUUGAACACAGGCCGUGCAGGAGAGGCCCGCAGGCGUUACCGAUCAGCGCUGGAAAUUCAGCACAAAGCCGUCUUCUUUUGUGCUAACGCGUACUAUCAAAUCAAAACUAACGAGGAUAUGACCGCGCCGGACUCGGACGAGUUCCGACGGCUUGAGGAAUUGGAAGUCGAGAGUUACGAUACUGCGAAGAAAAUACGCCGAGAGAUCCUUGAUGAGAGCCGUCGAAAGGCGGAGAGGCUGAUGAGGAAGAUUUCUGAUGCAGCUUCUAGACAGACCUUUGCAGUGAUUCCGGAGUACAAAAGCGUCGACAAGCAGGGCAUUGAGAGCCGGACAGUGGUCGAAGACUUGGCAAUCCUCGCCGACGGCCUGAAUGAGCAAGCCAAUCAGCUCGAUGACUGGCGCGAGCAUGUUAUCCAGCUUCUGCUCAAGGCUCUUGUGGACGAGGACGACGAGAAUGAGAUCACGGGUGACGAAUAUGAGGACUCGACCAAACUCAUGGAAGAAAUCGUGGUCUAUAUCCAGAUCCUUCGGGCGGCCAUUGCUGAUCGUGAAGAAGCUAUCACGGGCCAAACAAAUGAGCUAGUCGAGCACGAGGCCAGGGUUUCACUCCAGCAAGCUUUCAUCGGUGAAGGCCCAUUCCCGGAGAAGGUGGUGGAGCUUUUCGCUGUGCGCGAGAAGAUCAAGCCCAGGCCGAAAAAGGGGCAAGCAGAUCUUCGCUCCCUGAGAGCCGUCGUGGCGAAGCUGCGUAAUGCGACCGUCAAGCUGCGGCAUGAGCUCGCGAACGGAUCGAACCGUGUGAAGCUCGAACUAGAGAUUGUCACAGAGCAGCUCAAGACCACGCAGAGGCAGCUUUCUGAGCAGCUCAAGGUUGUGCAGGCAAUGAAUUCAGAGCUGGACCUCUGUACCUCCACGAUGAAUGCGCGAGUCGAUUUCUACCGUCAAUUGCAGAACGUGUCGGACUCGGUCAAACCGUAUGAAGGACCCUCUGGUGACGAGCAGAUGAAGGUACUCAUAGGUCAGGAAGAAGUGCUCGCGGACAAGCUGGAGGCUUCGAACGCGAAGCACAGGUAUCUUAUCCAUCUCAAGGAAAUGGAUGCCAAAGACGGUGACCAGCGGUUCUGUAUCAUCUGCCGAGAAAACUUCACGCUUGGUGUUCUGACUGUCUGUGGCCAUCAAUUUUGUAAAGAUUGUAUCACGCUUUGGUUCAGGGCACAUCGCAACUGUCCAGUAUGCAAAAAGCAUCUGAACAACUCCAGCCUUCAUGACAUCACUCUGAAACCACAAGAACUCAGGGUUCAUUCAGAUUCAACAACAGCCUCGCCAAAGAAGUCUGCCGAAAGUCCCAAACAAAACGGCACCACGUCAGCCAAAAAGUCUGUGAUCUACAGCGAAUUUAGUGCCGACAAGUUAGCCGAGAUCAAAGACAUUGACCUCGACGGGCCAGCGUUUACGACCAAAGUAGACAAUCUUGUGCGGCAUCUACUAUGGUUGCGGGAGUCAGACCCGGGAGCCAAAUCCAUCAUCUUCUCUCAAUAUUCCGACUUCCUGAACGUGCUCAGGUUGGCAUUCCAACGAUACCGAAUCGGCUUCACCUCGUUUGAUAAGACAAACGGCGCCACGGAAUUCAAGGAGAAUGACUCGAUCGAGUGCUUCUUACUGCACGCCCGGGCACAUUCGAGCGGGCUCAAUCUGGUCAAUGCCAGUCAUGUUUUCCUCUGCGAGCCGCUCAUCAACACCGCGCUAGAGCUACAGGCCAUCGCGCGAGUGCACCGUAUCGGGCAGGACCAGGAGACAACCGUCUGGCUUUACAUUAUAGACGGCACUGUUGAGGAGUCCAUCUACAACCUAUCGGUCCGGAGACGUAUGGCCCAUAUUGGCGACAACACACGGGCACAUGGAAAGGGCAAAUCCACAGAGGUCACUCCGGAGCCCGGUGACGAAGCGAUCGAGGCGGCCAACUCGAUGGAGUUGGAGCACGCCAGGUUGUCGAAGCUGAUGCGUAAGGGCAAGGCGGCCGGCGAGGCGGUUGACAAGGGAGACCUGUGGGAAUGUCUCUUCGGGCACCUCACCCUCGGCAACUCGGUGAACGGCACUGGCGGUGCUAAGGAGCCCGGCCCUGCUAUUCGGGGCUUCCUUGCUGCCGAGGCUGCGGAGCAGAGGCGAGGAGAGGCAAGCGAGGAGGGGCCUUUGCGCCUUGUCAAUGGACUGUAAUAUCUGCAAUACGACCUGCAUGGAAAUGAUGCCGGUCUAUAUAAUGCCUCCCUGGCUGGAGAUCAACCCCCGGCUCCCUAGUAAUGAGAUAGAAGAUGUACGGCUCCUCGUCCUAAAGGGCAUCUUUACGUGAGAAGGUUGCCCGUUGAUAAGUAGGAAAGAAGCUUUGUCUUGGUUCCUCAACAUGCGCUGCUGGGAAAAUAACAAAUGUACACGCUUUGGUAAUGCGG